UGUGCGAGAAGUUGAGUGACGCAUCCGGACUCCACACAUACACAAAUCACCAGCAGAACCGAUUCCCGAGCGGUUGAGCGAGGAUUAGAUCGGUUGAUACUCUGAGGAAAUUUGUUAUUCACUUUACAGUCCAUCGUCCGUGCACGGUCUCUCCCCGUUUGGAAUGGGUUCCACGGGGCAGCAGACGAACCGUUUUGUCGACUAUUUUGUCGUCUGUGGACUGGAGCCUUCUGCAGUUCUUCAGCCAGGCCAGUUCUCAGGUGAGAACACACACCAUGUUCACCCACUACUCAGGGGCUACAAGUCGGCCGUCCUCUCCCACUACCCGGCAGCCGUAGAGGGGAACCCCUUUGAUAGCGAUGGAAUUAACAUGCUGUGCAUGCCCAAGGGCCUGACGGUGCGCACCCAGAAGCAGGACCGUGAGCCGAAGUUUCAUUCCUUCCUCAUGACCCGGGAGGAUGGGUCACGCACCUACGGAGCGGCGCUUACCUUCUAUGAGCAGGCCACGUCACCGCGCAUCUGCGCAGCGAUGGAAGUCCUGCAGAUUAAAUACCAGGAAGACUCCCUGCGCCGCAAGAUGAGCAACAUCGAGUCGCCCUCACGCUCCCAGGUCAUCCUGGAGAGCCUCUCGCCUAAGAUGGACCGGCGGGGCUUCUCCCCCAAGCACCGGCGCUCCUCCAGCCCCGGUAUCUCCACCAUGCAGUCUCCCAAGAUGAGACGCAAGACCACGCCAGUCCACGUGCCUGGGCAACAGAGGAAGGUGGCCAACUUUGACCCCCUCAAUGACACCCUCUACGUCUCCAAGUGUGUAUGUCUGAUCAUGCAGGUCCCCUUCAUCCAGCCUUGCCGUCGCUUCCUGGAGGCCAUCCACAGUGCAAUCAAGGCCAUGGCCGCUCCCCCUCUGCCUCUUGAGUCCUACAUCUACAACAUCCUCUACGAGGUGCCGGGCUUGCCCCCGGGGCGCACCUUGAGCUUCAGCAGCGCCCCAGGGGAGACCGUGGUCUGCCAACGGCCGGCCAGCACCGAGCUGCCCCUGUGCGACUACUCCAUGCGGGAGUGCGUAGAGCUGCUCGGUGUGGAACAUCUGAUGGAACUGAUGACGUGUGCUCUGCUAGAGAACCAGAUACUCCUGGUAUCCAGAGAGUAUCAUCGUCUGAUGCUGGUAGCAGAGUGCAUCUCUGCCUUACUCUUCCCGUUCCAGUGGCAGCACGUCUACGUUCCUAUUCUUCCGGCAAACCUAAUGCACUUCCUGGAUGCGCCCGUGCCUUUCAUCAUGGGGCUGCACUUGGACGACGGAAUGGACCAAACCAACCAGCUGGAGAUCCCCAGCCAUGCUGCCUUGUGUUUUGUGGACAUUGACAACAACUGUAUCGACCUCCCAGAAGAUUUACCCCUCUUCCCAAACAGACACCGUGUUGUCCAUGACCUGAUCAACCUUCUACAGCGCUAUAAUGUCUCGCCUAGACCCCUGUCUGAGAAGACCCCAACACGCACCCCUACAAGGGGUGAGGGCAGUUUUGACUGGUCUGAACUCAAGACGGAGCUCACCCUGAUUGGCACGGGAUCCAGCCGCAACCUGGCCGUGGAGGGCUCCAUCGAAGCGGACCAGGACAGCUCCUACUUUAGUUCGCCCAGCCGUGGUGAGUCGCCAACCUCUGUCGCGCCGACCAAGACAGACAUCCUGCGUAACAACGAGAUUGUCUCCAAAGUAGCGGCCAUCGUGCAGCGCACGGGUGUCAUCACAUCCAUCAGUGAGCUAGAGGACAGGAACAGUAACACCACGUCUCCCGACGGGGACACCAACCCCGAGACGUGGAGUCCCGUGCUCAGGAAAGAUGUGGAGGAGCUGAGUCUGAACUCUGCCAUCAGGGAACUCUUCCUCAGCAAGCUGGUGGAGCUUCUCAGACACUAUGAGACAUUUGUCAUCCAGCCUACUAGUCACAGCAUUGAGUCGUGGUUUGCCAACAGGGAACACAUGCAGAAUUUUGACAAGGCAUCUUUCCUAUCGGACCAGCCGGAAGCCUACCUUCCUUUCCUCUUUCCCUUCGUGGAGACGCAGAUGUUUGCCACCUUCAUCGACAACAAGAUCAUCUCCAACUGGGAGGAGAAGGAGGAGCGGCUGAAGAUCUUUGACGGCCGGAUCGAGCACUUCCCCGCCAGCAAUCCUCAGACUCCUACCACCGAGGUGGACCAGCUUCUACUCAUCAGUGAAGCAGAGGCCAACAUCCGGCAACGUGCUGUGAAUAUCGACUACACGGCUCCCAGCCCCCAUGAGCUGACCAGCAAGCCAGUGGACAACAACCACAAGCCGGGCUUCUUCCCACGACUGCAGGAAGAGGUGCUGCUGAAGGAACCCUUCACACCAAAAAACAAGCACAGGAAUAAUGCUCCAUGGAGACGGAAGGAGCGACAGCAACAGCACUCAGAGCAUCUUCAGCUAGCUCCGCAGGAACGAGAGCAAAUUAUUCAGCAGGCCAGGAAGGGAACAAUGCCUCAACCUGUCUUGUCCCAUUUAGACCAGAAGCAGACCAACUGGAAGUUUGUGGAGGGUCUCCUCAAGGAAUGCAAAGUGAAGACCAAGAAGAUGCUGGUGAGCAAGAUGGGUCAGGAGGCAGUGGAGCUGGGCCACGGUGACGUCAACCGGUCAGGCGUGGAGGAGAACACACUGAUUGCUUCACUGUGUGACCUACUGGAGAGAAUCUUCAGUCACGGCAUACAGAAGAAACAGGGGAAGUCAGCUCUCUGGUCCCACGUCAUGGGCUACCGUAAGAUGAAGGAGAAGCGAGAGACCCAUCCAGAGCAGAGUCUUUCAGUCCCAACCCAGGGGUCCGAGGCCAGACGGCGGAGCAGUUCAGCAGCCGACCCAGUCCUCAGCCCACUACCCACAGAUUUACUCUUUGACGUCAGAAAUGUUGAGAACAUGAGCCAGAUCAAGACAGAUGUUGGUAACGCCCGUGCCUUUGUCCGACUUGCCUUAGAGAGAAAACUCCUCCAUAAACACCUCAAGCUGUUGCUAACAGACUACGAGCUGUGCAAGAAGCGCUACAAGCGAUACGCCUUCCUCCGGACAGAGGAGGAAAAGGAACAGUUUCUGUAUCAUCUCCUGUCCCUCAACGCUGUUGAUUACUUCUGCUUCACCAACUCUUUCAUCAGCACAGUUGUCUCCUACCGAGUCCUGGUUGUCACAAGUCGCAAGUUCCAAGCCGCCACCUCAGCCAACUGCUGGAUCUGUGUGUCAGGCGAGAUCAACGACUCCAAAAUGAUCCCUAUACCCAAGAGCUCUCAGGAUUUUGUAUUCCAGCAUAGCAAUCUUGGUAUCCUGACGACGGUGCGAAUCGGGCACGACAACACGGGCCUGCUCCCCAGAUGGAUGGUGGAUUAUGUGCUAGUGCGCAACGAGAUCACCGGCCACACCUACAAGUUCCCCUGUGGGCGAUGGAUUGGGCGUGGCGUGGAUGACGACAGCCUGGAACGGCUCCUGGUCGGCGACCUGCUCCCCUCCCCUGCCGAGUCGGAGGAGCAGGCCCGGGGUUCGCGGACCCCGCCCCGCUCCAGCUCCCCAAUCAUGUUGAGGCAUGCCAAGGGGCAGGCCCCCAAGCUGGAUCGGGACAGCAUCCAGGAGAUGCUGACCGACGCCGUCAAUAACAUCGUCAAGCACUUCUACAAGCCGGAGAAGGAGCGAGGCCGGCUGACUGUCCUACUUUGCGGAGAGCGGGGUCUUGUCCAGUGCAUGGAAAUUGUGCUACAGUAUGGCUUCCGGUCAGCAAGGCUCUUCCGGAAUAACUUCUUCAUCUGGGAUUUCCUAGAGAAAGUUGCCAAGUAUUUGGACAGCAUCGACCAGGAUGAUGAGGGGCGGCUGGGGUCUGUCCAGGAGAAGCGAGCCCGACGGACGUUCUGCUUCACCGUCCACCAGAUCAACCAAGGGGCAGCCCAGGCAGGAAAGGAUGGAAAGUUCCAGCUCUUUGUCUGCAUCGGAAUAAGGGAUCACAUGUUGCAUUGGUGGCUGCCUGUCCUGUCCGAGACUCCCGUAGCUUCUUCUAUGUACGAGGACUACUCCUUCUUGAACUGCACCUCGGCUCUGGACUUCCUGGUCAACCUCCUGAUGCAGCUGGAUGAGUUCAACAUCUCCUUGGAGUCGUCCAUCACCAAGGGAGUGGAGUUAUAGCAGACCAGCAGGCAAGUCAGCCACGCCCAGAGUUACUCUAUCUCUGAGGGGUGGAGUUACAAUUACCAGCAGGCAAAUUAGCCACACCCAGAAUUAGUCCGUCUCCAAGGGGGUGGAGUAAAACAACCAGCAGGCAAGUCAGCCACACCCCAAACUAAAAACUACUCCAUCACCAAGGGGGUGGAGUUACAGCAGACCAGCAAGCACGAAAACCCCACCCAUGAUUAAUCCAUCACUAAAGGGGUGGAGUUACAGCAACUGGCAUGCAAAUUAACAACACCUCUGAGACCUUCAUCACCAGGGACAUGGCUACAUUUUGGAAAAAUAUGGAGCUUUAUACAGACAUGGUCCGUGGCGUUCCAGUCAGAAGCAUUUGAGAAAUGCAAAUACCCCCCAAAAUAGCACUCGUGUGUUGGUCACAAGUGUGAAGACUGUAAAGAUUGGCCCAAAGAACCUGAUGUCUUCUUGAAACAGAGAGGUAGAAAGCAGGUACCUAUCCCUCUGUGGUAGUGGCAUGGGCAUUAUGUGAAUUUGGGAAGGCAUAAAUAUAUUGAUAUUUACCCAUUUCCUAGAAACAAGUCUUGUUCUUCCUAGCAGUUUGCACAAGUUUAGGGUUGCAUUUGAAUCCUCAACAUGAAAGUCGGGUCUAGAGUUUACUGUUUCAUUUGUAGGGAAACGAGAGUCAUUUGUAUAUCACAGGUAAUAUGGUGUAUUUGGUGAACAAAAUGUCAGAAAUGUUUUUUAAUCCCAAGGAAUCAUGUCAAGAUUUGGAUUUGUUGUGAUCCAGUAUGAAGCAUUAUAAAGGACUCUGCUGGGUCGAUGAAAAGAGGAAGCGAAUACCGGAACAAAAUCUCAAGCAAAAUGAAACAAAAUGACGUAGUCAGGAGAUUCAUAAAUAUGGUGCUACAGAAUCUUGUGAAAUUUUUGUUGUAGUUUGUCUUUCAAGUUUUUGUCCUCCCCCCACGUCGGUACUUCAGAAAAUUGAUUUUGAAUAAAAAUGUUCAUGUCAAAAACUACUGGUUGGACAGUUAAAAAUUAAAAAUUUCCUGUAAAAAGCUCCGAUAUAUGGGGAUAUUUUUUAUCUCCCUGCAAUGUAAAUUUAUUAAGUCAAUGAACUGUGGAAACUGAACAGCUUGAAGGGAAAUUUACGUAAAGAGUAAAUAUUUAGCUGUUUGUUUCACAAACAACCAAAUCUUUUCCACUAUAUACCUCAAUUUCCUGUCGUAAAAUCUUGAAAUAAUUAAAAAAAAAAAAAAGAAACAAAACAGAAAAUAAAAAUUUGAAACAAAACUCGACUUCACUUUCGUAAUAUUUGUGCAAUGCGAAAGAGCAAUACUGUAAUUCUUUUGUAGGGGAAAAGAAAUCCUUUGGUGUAUUUUCCUUAUUCUUUAAAAGAUGAAUUUUGACUUCUAUCUUGUUACCAAACUCUACAAUGAAAAUACCUGUAUUUUGAUAGAGAUGUGAUUUAUAGACAAGUGAUGUAUAUAGCAAUUUAUUUUGAGAGACCAAGAUACGGGCUUGCUGGUAACAGGGAGUUAAAGUUUGAAUGUUAGCCAUUGUUUGAUGGAAUUUUUUUUUUUCACAAUGUUCUGUGGCAUUUUUCAGUACGUUAAAUAUUUGAGUGAAAUUUAAGUUUCAGUCUCCCGAGACACAGUUUGUGAGGAGUUGGAACAUCAAGUCCCUUUUAGGGACUUGAUCACAUUUCCUCGUUAUGACGGUAGUUGAAUGUGUUGGGUAAGCUGAUGUAUAAAGCGUUUGUUCGUGCAUCAUCUCUGUGCACAGGUGCACAAUUACUGGUCUCUGUGAAAUCACUUGAGGUCCUCCAAGAUCAAAUACGUGGACUUUGAAUUCCCUUUUUUUUCAGUGGAUUUGGCACUGCUCACACCAAUCACUCCCGACUCAAGAGGACAUGUAUUACCAAUGUGAAAUUCAGGGAGUAUGUCAUUGGCGUACAACAGCAGUGUUUUAGGAUAGCACAGGAAGCUUUUUCACUGAAUGCUGUUUCAAGGAAACAGUAAGCUGAGAAUUGAAGCAAUAUAUUUAAUGUUGCCUUUCAUCCAAGGCUCUUGAAAAACCGAGUUGAGAACAAAAGGCGAGUAGGAAUUGAAAACAUAAUUGAUAAAGAUCCCAAAUUAUUUUGUUGUUGGCUUGCACUGCUCUUUAAUUGUGCUAUUUUAUCUAUAGUUUCAUCAUGAAACAAAUUUUAAGUAGUUCGUAUUGACCUAUAUUAUGGUUAUGUUUUUCAAUCACACCAACUCCUUAAGAUGUUGCAGAAAUCCUUGUACAAAUUUUUUUUUUUUACUUUGAAUUCAAUACGAUCAGCGGUCAAGCAGUAUUACAAAUAUCCAUUUUUCUUUUAAUUAUAAGCAGUGUUUGAUCCAUGCUGUUGAUUGAAGAGGUCCUUUUUUAAAAGAAAAUAUAUAUCCUGUAUAAAUAUAUUAAUUUAAUAUAACUGACGGAACAAGUACGCCAAUAUUGUAUGUUUGAUCUUGCCAAUCUUGUGUUGAAGGUUUGGGAAGCUAGAUCAGUAACCGGUCGUAGUUAAUUGCUUUAAAGGUGCACUCACCCUCCCCUCAGAAGCAUGUAUCUCAGCUGAAGCUAUCUACAGAUUUCCUCUUAGCCUGUAAUGCAUCACCUUUAAUGGACUAUUCUCUGUCUCUCACUGCUUACCCUGCAGUUUGCGAGAUCUGUUUGAGUAUUUCCAAAUUUUUGUUCUUAAUUUGAAAGGUAUAUACAAUUCUGGAAUAAGGCAACUUUAGUUCCAUUUGUAUUUAUGCUAAGCAGCAAUCUGGCUUGCAGGGGUGUGAUGUACGGUGUCUAUCCUCAUUUAUGUCCUCCAUUUCCCACCUGUGUUACAUUUCCACUAACAUGUUUGAAUGUUUAUUGCAAACUGUUCUCCACGUGUUCUCUUUGUAGACUUUUAAGUAGUAAUUAGUUAGAUCUGUUCAACUUUUAAAUAUGAAAUUACGUAAGUUAUCACACACAUUUUUUUGGUGUCAUGCCAGCUAUUAAUGUUUUGCCAAUUUAAUCCAGCUCAAUUAAAAUAUACAUUGUGAAAAUUACAAUUAACAUCAUAAUUUGUUUAUUUAUUUCUGUGCAUAUACGUUUACACUGUGUUGAGAAGAUAAACAAUGCAUGUGAGUAUUCAUUUUGUCUGAAGUCACUUGCAUAUUUUUAAUUUCAUCGGUGAAAUAUGUUUUGUUUUCCUGUACCAGCAUGAUCAAAAUAUUACGAAUAAAAAUAUUUUGAUGUGGAAAACCA